AUGUCAUCUGCAGUGCUGUUCAAUAUGCUGCGUUGUGGUCGCUCCGCAAUCGCCAGACAAACCUUCCUCUCCAUACGAUCCUCACCAGAAACCUCCACAGCCUCUGGACAGGUGGGCGGGGCAUUGUUCGGGAUGGUGGGCGUGCGGCAGGGAAGUGGAUCAGUCGGAUUGGACGGUGACAUCAGCGUCCGUCCAGUGACCUGGGACUCAUUUGGUAUUUGGGACAACAGGAUAGAAGAACCAAUACUACUGCCCUCCAGUAUCAGAUAUGGAAGACCCAUCCCACAGGUCAGUCUGUCUCGGGUCGGCAGUACGUCUGUUCUCGGUCUUAGGAAUCAGAACGAGGACCGUCUCCGCAUCGGCCGUAUUCAUGACAACCUACUGUACUUCGCUGUGUUCGACGGCCAUGGUGGCCCGCAUGCUGCCGACUACUGCUACACCUUCAUGGAGAAAUUUAUCAGAGAUGCUUUGGAACAGGACGAUGAUCUGGAGAAAGUUUUAAAGAAAGCCUUUUUAGAUGCUGACAAGGCUCUACACACACAUCUCAGCUACUUCAACAAUGCCUCUUUCCUGACAGCUGGCACCACUGCAACGGUUGCUUUACUACGUGACGGCGCAGAGCUGGUGGUCGGUAGCGUUGGUGACAGUCGGGCAAUGUUGUGCAGGAAUGGAAAAGCCAACAAGCUCACCACAGACCACACACCUGACUGCGAGGACGAGAAACACCGGAUCCAGAGGUUUGGAGGUUACGUGACAUGGAACAGCGUGGGUCAGGCUAAUGUUAACGGGAGGCUGGCCAUGACACGAAGCAUUGGAGACUUCCACCUGAAAGCUAGCGGUGUCAUCGCAGAGCCAGAUACCCAACGACUCACCGUCCAACAUGCCAACGACUCGUUCCUGGCUUUGACCACAGACGGUAUCAACUUCCUGCUGAGUGAUCAGGAGAUCUGUGACAUCAUCAACCAGUGCCAAGACCCCACUGAGGCUGCUGAUGUCAUCGCUCAGCAGGCGUUGCAGUAUGGCUCAGAGGACAAUGCUACAAUCAUCAUCAUCCCAUUCGGAGCCUGGGGGAGACAUCAGAGCUCCACCACAGUGUACAGCAUGAGCAGGAACUUCGCUUCAAGUGGGAGAUGGGCAUAG